AUGGCGACCUUGACCGUGGUAGUGGUCAGUCUUGUCCUGGCUGGGGUGGACAGCGCCUUGAACCGACCGUCUGAGAUCGUCUUGGAAAAUAACGAGUACAGCGGUGUGUUAGUGGCCAUCGGCCCAUCAGUGUCCGAAGACCAGCGGAUCGUGGACAGGCUACAGGAAAUCUUGACGAAGACGUCCCAGGCCCUGUACGAGGCUACCAACAGUCGCGCGUAUCUGAAGGACAUCGCGAUCCUCAUCCCCAAGUCGUGGGCGCCAAAACCUGAGUAUCAGCCGGCUAGGACAGAGCUGUUCGAACGGGCAAACAUCAGGGUAGACCAGGUGAACCCCAUGUAUGGGGACAGUCCGUACGUGAAACAGAAGGCUGGAUGUGGGGAGGGCGGAGACUACAUUCACCUCACUCCUACCUACGUCAUUAACGAGCAGUUCGGACAGGCCGUAUUUGGACCCUACGGUAAGACUAUGGUGCAUGAGUGGGGCCAUCUCCGCUGGGGUCUGUUUGACGAGUACGGCAUGGACGGCCCCACGGGAGAAUCCUACCCGUACUUCUACUCCUCUGCGUCUGACGGCACCGUGCAGGCGACCCGCUGUUCGGCACACCACACCGGCAGGCACAUCAACAUCCAGACGGGCCGGCCGUGUCAGAUCCACCCCAACACCGGCCUACCCGAGUCCGCCUGCCGCUUUUGGCCGGACUUCACCCCCAACAACCCCGCUACAGGAUCCUACAUGUUCAUGCAGUUCCUAGACAAGGUUGCUUCCUUCUGUCACAGUGACCCGUCCGGUGACCCCACGUCCUUGCACAACGACGAGGCGCCGAACAAGCACAAUGUCCAGUGUGGUGGCCGGAGUGCCUGGGACGUGAUGGAUGACCAUCCGGACUUCAGCCAGGGUGCCAACCCCCCUCGACAGGUGGUGUCCACGCGGCCGGAGUUCUCUCUCCUACAGGAGGUGGACAGGAGGAUGGUCCUGGUGUUAGACACGUCUGGGAGCAUGAGGGGUGAACGGAUCCAGAAGCUGAACCAGGUGGCGCAACAUUUCAUCAGGAGCACCGUAGCUGACGGCAGCUGGCUCGGCAUCGUGGACUUCGCGACCCGGGCGACUACAGCACACGCCCUGAUUCAGGUGGCAGAUGAGUCCGCACGUGAACAGCUGGCAGCAGCUGUGCCCAGCGUCACCCUGGGGUGGACGUGUAUCGGCUGCGGACUACUGGAGGGCUUACAGAUUCUUGAGGACAACGGAAGUCGUAACGCCACAGGUGGGAUUCUCCUUGUCAUCAGCGAUGGCAUAGAGAACCAACACCCCAACAUCACAGAGGCCAUGCCGACUGUUCUGGCCAAAGGCGUCAUCGUCGACACCAUAGCUUACAGUGACGCGGCGGACGCCAACCUAGAGUCUCUAGCGGCCAGGACAGGCGGCAUGUCGUUCUUCUACCCAGAAGGCAACACUUCUACGGCCUUGAACGACGCCUUCACGACAACGGUCACUGCCAGGGCGUCGGAAGGGGACAACGCACCCAUCCAGCUUGUAAGUGAAGCGUGUGCGUUGGGCCCGGGAGAGACUCACUCCAACACGGUGUACAUGGACAGCAGUGUGGGGACCGACACAACAUUCAACUUCUUCUGGCAGGACGGAACGGAGCCGGAAGUGGUGGUAAAGGACCCGGAUGGAAACGACAUCACCCAAGGACAUCCACAGUAUCACGUGAUCAUCAACAUGACAACCGUCCAAAUCAAGAUCCGUGACGUAGCUCAGGUGGGUAAGUGGAGUUACAACGUCACCAACACCGGUAACCAGACACAGAAGGUCACCAUCGAUGUGACCUCUAAGGCCGUCUCCAUGGAUACGCCGCCCAUCACUGUAUCAGCACAGGUGAGUACAUCGGACGUGAGCUACAGCGACACGGAGCCGACCUUCCUGACGGUGUUCGCCUCCGUGACCAGAGGUUACGUGCCGGUGCUGGGGGCCCGGGUAGUGGCGGUGGUGGAGAAACCGACCGGAGACACACACCACACAACUCUGCUGGACGAUGGAGCUGGUGCUGACGUGACGAAGAACGACGGCGUGUACUCGGGAUAUUUCCUGGCCUUCUCUGCGGACGGCCGCUACAGCGUGUCGGUCCGAGUGGACGACGGGGACGGGCAGGCGAAGACCGUGGUCGUUACCGGCCAGCUCGGCGGGACUGCGGGAGCUCUGCCGAUGAACCCAGCUGCCAAUCUAAACGUGACGGUGGAGCGACAGAAGGCCGACCAGUUCCAGCGUAUCUCGCAAGGUGGCGUGUUUUCUGUGAAGGGCCUUUCCAGGGUGACUCCAGGCAACGGGAGUCUUCCCGACAUCACGCCUCCUUCUCGUAUAACCGACCUCAGGGUGUCUUCAGUCUCGUUUGAAAACUUGACCGUGACUCUGGGCUGGACCGCUGUGGGUAAUGACUUGACUCUGAAUGGCCCUGCUGCCAGGUACGACUUGCGGUACAGUCGGGGCUUCCUCUCCAACUUCUCUGACUGGUCCAACGUGACAGCCGGCAUGGUGGUACAGGGCGGGCCGCUGUCUCCCGGACAACCGCUCCAGGCCGAGACAUACGUCAUCAGGAUGGCAGAGCGAGGUGAAAACGUGACGUAUGUCUUUGCUGUGCGCGCCUGCGAUGCGGCUGGGAACUGUGCUGACCAAUCCAACAAAGUGUCAGCUUCACUAGCCUACGUCCCUCCACUCACCACCCAGCAACCAAUCACCACCUCGGUUACGUCGCAGACCCCGGGAAAAGCGGACGCGUCGACUAAAUUUGACUCGUCGCCGAAGCCCGCGGGACGGUCUCAAGACGGGACCACCACCUGGUUGGUUGUUGGCAGUGUGGUGGGCGGAGUUACAGUGGUCGCAGCCGCUGUUGUCAUCGUGCUGAGGGCUUUGGGCAAGGCGUCGGUCAGGAAAGUCAAUACCACCCCCCGUCACGGUCGAGCUGAUGCAGCCGACACCGCCACUCCUGCCAGGGCGAACCCCGCCUUCAGGCCUGAUGACGUGUAA